AGCGAUGUAUACGCCGAGCCCAACUGCGAGGCCAUCUACCUCGCGUCCAACACCUUUGCGACAACCUAUUUGUCCGAUCCAACAAUGCUCCGAGCAUUGGCAAUGGCGGCGGAGGCCGACGCCCACAGUCUCUCGAUCGAGAUGACGCAGUAUGUCAACCGCAGCGGCAACAUCGAGCUGUACCGAGUCAAUAUUCUGGAUCCGACCGACCGACCCUGGACGUUCUUUGGGUGGAACUAUCUGGCCGAUUGGGUUGUCGGGGAGCGCGAAGUCGUAUCGUUCCAAGGCGACGGCGGCACGGUCACGGCCAUGUCCCGCUACACCAUGCUAUCCACGCUCUCUCUUACCGACGCGGCGAUCCCGACGCGUCUCUCGUACAUCUGUCAGCAGUGUGUCCGGUAUGUCACGGGCGCCAUGAUGGUAUGA